AUGCGAGGCCGGGAAGUGCGGGGAAAGGCAAGCAGGGAGUUCCAUCCGUCUCUCUUUCAACCCUCACCCUCCCUUUCUGCCUUUCUCACUCUCCUUUUCUCUCUCCCUUUCUCGCUCUCCCUUUCUCUCUCCCCUUCUCACCCUCCCUUUCUCACUCUCUCUCCCCCCAUCCCUCUUGUCCCUCCACCAGUCGCCACGUCACUCUAUAUCUCCGUGGUGGCUCUUAUAAUCGCCAUCUGGGCCGUCUUUAUUUUCCGCGCCAUUCAAGCCCCGCCGCCGAUCCCGCUCACUGACGCUGACGUCACCAGCCCGCGCGUCCGGCUCUCGGACGGCCGCCACGUGGCGUACCACGAGAUGGGCGCGGCUGCUGACGUGGCCAAGUACCAGGUGCUGGUGGUGCACGCGUGGCAGACGUGCCGACUCAGCAUGCUGCCCAACAUCACGCAGGAGUUCUUGGAAGCCAACGGCAUUCGUCUGGUGAGCUACGACCGCGCGGGUUAUGGCCAGAGCGACCCCAACCCGGGGCGCACGCUGCAUUCUGACGUUCAGGACGCGGGGGAGGUGGCGACGGCAGUGGGGCUGGGGGAGAAGUUCUACCUCGUCGCCACGUCCAUGGGGACGUAUGUGGCUCUCGGGGCGCUCCGAUACAUCCCGCAGCGCCUCAAGGGUCUGACGGUAAUCAGCGUGGUGGGCAACCCUUGGGACCCCACGUGGCCCAAGUACGAGUUCACAGCCACGUGGCAGCAGAUGCCAGUGCAGGAUCGCAUCACGCUGCUGCUGGCCCGCCACGUGCCCUCCCUGCUGCACGCCUGGUUCUCCCAGACGCUGGUGCCGCUCGGAAACUUCCGGGAACCCUUCCAUCCGCACCCGGUUGACCUGUAUGAGUCGGAUAUGGCUGCCCUGGCCAGCACUGAGGUGUUUGGUUACUUUGCAAGGAACAUGCAGGAAGGAGCGAGGCAAGGGGCCGGCGUGUCAUGGCACCGGGAUUUUGAGAUCCUCGCCUCUGACUGGGGCUUUAAGCUCUCCGAGAUCGACCUCUCUCAGACAGGGGGCAAGGAGGGAGCGGGGGAGGAGGGGGGAGAAGGCGGAGGAGGCAAAGGGGGAGAGGAGGGGGGGUUGAAGGGCAAGGUGCACAUAUGGCAUGGGGAGGAGGGGGGGUUGAAGGGCAAGGUGCACAUAUGGCAUGGAGAGGAAGACUGGGGGACACGGGUGAGCUAUGCGCGGCAUGUGGGGAGGAUGGUGGAGGGGACCGUGAUGCAUGUGGUACCCAAGAGGGGCCAUUUCUUCAUGUACAACGAUGCUCACAUGCCCCCCACUGUGCUGCUCACCAUGCUGGGAUUGGAAGGGAAGGUGAAGGCGGAGGACGUGGGAGUCAGUGAGGGUGUGACCGAGGGGAUGAGUGAGGGAGUGAGUGAGGAUUUGAAAACUGAAGAGUGA